UAGAUGUGCAGAUCUUCCCGUCCAGUCUCAACACCACCUGUGACCAAGCGCACUCCCCUCCUACUGGAGUAGCCUACACACUUCACUGUUCAAGAUGAGCAUUCUUAAAACAAGAGCACAGAGGCUGGAGAAGGAUGGCGGUGCCCAGAGUAACUCUUUCGGAGGCGUGCGCUGGAGAGGCCUCGACGAGGACCUCAAGGCACACAGCUCCGUUCCCAGCAUGCCCUUGAAAAAAACAAGAUUCCUCCAUACAGUCGUCACUGCAGAUAAAACACAGGCAGCAGGGCCUGAGAGAUCUCCGCAGCCUGCAGGAGUGUAUGCGUUUCCUCAACCACUGGAAAGACCAAGUGGCCCAGGUUUGCAAGAAGGGGGACAAAGCCAAAGGAGACACCUUGGAAAACAAGAUGGACUCUCGCACCGUGCGCAGCCUGGAGGAGAGCCGCAAGCUCAUCCUGGAGUGGGCCAACGAGCUCAACAGUGUGGACAUGCUCUCCAAAGACAGCCCCUGGAUGGAGGAUUUGAAAUUGGCCGAAGAGGAGGAGGGGAAGGAGGAGAAGGAGAACAAGAGCAAACAAAACGAGCUCCUUGAACAGAAGCUCAUGGAGUGGGCCCAGGACCUGAAGAUCACGUCUGAGAAAUGUGGCAUGUUGGGAGAUGAACUGGGUCAGGCGCUGAGACUCUUGGGCCUGAGGAAGAAGAAGCUUGUGAGUCUGAUGCCUCUGCUGGAGUUCAUCACCUGGUCUCUUCUCAAGGAGGACUGCACGGGAAUGCCCCAACUUUGGCUCUCAGCUAAGCAGCGCAAAUGGGAGGGGGGUACUCGCAGAUUCAUCCCAAAUUCAGUGUGGAGCUGGAUCACCAGUGCUGCAUCUAAUGUCUCUUUGGAUCCAAUGACCAACCACCCCUGGCUCUUGGUGUCCGAUGACCAGAAGAAGGUGAUGGAGUCACACACAGAGGCUGACCUGCCCUACAGCCCACAACGCUAUGACGGCUGGCCAUGCGUCCUGGGCUGGGAGGGCUUCAUGAGUGGCCGCCACUACUGGGAAGUGGAGCUGGCCAACGAGGGCUACUGGCGUGUCGGCGUGACCACAGGCUCCUCCAAGCGGCACGGCCGCUUCCCCAUGAACCCCGGCAGCAACUACUGGACCCUGUGGCGGAGCACGCGCCAGUUCUACGCCUGCACCAAGCCCGAGACGCCACUGGCCAUGUCGCUGGUGCCGCGUCGCCUUGGCGUCUACCUCGACUACGAGGAGGGCCAGAUCUCGUUUUACAACGCUGAGAACCGCUCGCACAUCUACACCUUCAAGGGCCACUUCCGCGAGAAGCUCUACCCGCUCUUCGCACCCCUGGACGGGCGGACCCUCAUCACAAUUAAGGUCCCCAGCAGCUCAGUGACCAGCUUGUAAAGUUGACCGCCUGCACACCACCACCAGAUUGGGUGUCCACUGGGACUUGGGGACCUUCCAACUCCUGCAUACAACUGUAGCCUACUUAAGCUCUGAAGAUAUAGAAAUCAGAUGCAGAUGAAUAGAAACGGGUUGAUUAUACAAUAACCAUUAAAUGGCUAGUUUAUAGGCCUACAAUAAAUGUAAACAAUUUGGAUAAGAAUGUUUCUCUCUCUGUAUAUUCUGUUAUAAAACAGCUGGACAAAAAUCUCCAGCACUGUAACUAGCAUGCACAAAAAUAAAAUGGCUAUAUUAUCUAUAUAUUUAUCAAUAUGUAAUGUUUGUUUUUAUGUCUAUAGAUAUAGGUCUGAUGUGUGUGUGUGUGUGUGUGUGUGUGAGUAUGAAUGUGUUUGUGUGUUCCUUUUGCACUUUUAACCUGUAUUGAGUAGAUUACUCCAAUAUGUAGGCUUACUUAGCUUCUAUGGUCAUCAAUGCAGGGUUCUUUCUAGAAUAUUUUCAAUAACGCCACUUCAAUGUACAGUAACAUUAUUUUAGAAAUUCCUGCUAGAUUUGUAAUGUUAUUCUUUUGUUUAUUUUCCUUUUCAUCAUGUAUAUAUUAAAGAAUUCAUGUUUUCUUUAUGAUUAAUAAUCAUGAUAUUGAUGUAAAUGCAUCCAAAGCAAAAAGAGGAUAACAUGUAUGUAUUUCUAUUUCAAAUAAAGAGUAUUUUAUAAACUA